AAAGGCAGUGUCAUGCCGUGGCCCUGACCUAAGUCUCUCUUCCGGCCAUCCAAGCCGACCACCCUGGUGCCGUCAUCCCUCUUCGCUCUUCGGUUCCUCGAAAUCCGGUCGUCGUCGUCGUCGUCGUCGUCGUCGUCGUCGUCGCCGCCGUCGCUGCCGCGCUCGACAGGACACGCUCGGCGGCCUGCGGAGGAUUCCGCCGCGUCGUCUCCUUCGCGCGGAAAAUCGCUACGAGUGUCUGGUUCCGCCUCUCGCCCUACGCCAUGUUACAGUCGCAAUUCGAGGACUACCUGCCGUAUCUUGGUGGUGCGGCCGGCGCGCUCUUCGUCACCGGGGUGGCUUACUGGGCUUCCAGACCGACGGCCGAGAAGCCGCUCUUUCCGCUCGACGCUCAGGCACUGCUGCUACCGGGUAACGAACACAUUCGGGUGUCCAAGUUCUACAAAGAGGGUAAGGAGGGCAAGUUCGUCACCUUCCUUUACGAGGAUACGCGCACCCUGUACGAAGGCUUUCGCCGCGGCGCCAAGGAGUCCAAUAAUGGUCCCUGCCUCGGGUGGAGAGACGGGCCCAACAAACCAUACCAAUGGCUUCAUUACAACGAGACGCUGCUCAGGGCGAAGAAUUUCGGUUCCGGCCUAGUGUCCCUGGGGCUGGCCCCUGGUCAACAAACCUUAGUAGGCCUGUACAGUCAGAACUGUCCCGAAUGGAUUCUCACCGAGCAGGCAUGCUACUCGUACUCGCUCGUGGUGGUGCCAUUGUACGACACCCUGGGCCCGGACGCCUGCGCGUACAUCAUAAAUCAGGCUGACAUUAAUCUGGUGGUGUGCGAAGAUGACCAAAAGUGCAAUUUGCUUCUCGACAAAGCGCCGAGAUGUUUACGGAAGCUGGUGGUGGUGAAGGAGACGCGACCGGCGACGAAUCAGCGGGCGAAGAACCGCGGCGUCGACGUGUUCAAGUUCGACGACAUCGAGCGGCUCGGCGCGCAGAGGAACCAUCCGGAGCUGCCGCCGAAGCCGUCCGACCUCUGCACGAUAUGCUACACCUCCGGCACCACCGGCAACCCGAAGGGCGUGAUGCUGACGCACCAGAACGUCAUGGCGUCCAAUUGCGCGGUGGUAAUGCAGCUGGGCGACCACGGGAUCACGGCCAAGGACACGAUGAUUAGCUUCCUCCCGUUGGCGCACAUGCUGGAGCGUUGCUGCGAGAACACCAUGUACAUGAUGGGCGGCUCGGUUGGCUUCUACAGCGGUGACAUCAAGAAGCUGCCCGAGGACAUGAAAGCCCUCCGGCCUACCGUCAUGCCGGCCGUGCCUAGGCUGCUGAAUCGUAUAUAUGACAAGGUACAAGCGGAAUUGCAAAACUCGUUCCUGAAGAAGAUGAUCUUCAACAUGGGCAUGCGGGCGAAGGAGACAGAGAUCAAAAAGAGCAUCGUCAGAAUGAACAGCGUAUGGGACAAGAUCGUAUUCAAGAAGAUCCAGGAGUCGAUGGGUGGCAAGCUGAGACUGAUGCUCGUGGGUUCCGCGCCGUUGGCGGGGAACGUUCUCACAUUCACCAGGUGCGCCCUUGGCUGCGUCGUGGUUGAGGGCUACGGCCAGACGGAGUGCACCGCACCAAUAACGCUGACGAUCCAGGGUGACCACGUACCGGAACAUGUGGGACCACCGGUGGCCUGCUGUUGCGUCAAGCUCGUCGAUGUUCCGGAGAUGGAGUACUACGCGACGAACAACCAGGGUGAGGUGUGCGUCAAGGGUACUAAUGUCUUCAUGGGAUACUACAAGGAUCCGGAAAAAACUGCCGAGGUCAUCGACGAACAGGGAUGGCAUCACACAGGAGACAUCGGCAUGUGGCAGCCUAAUGGAACGUUAAAGAUAAUCGACCGGAAAAAGCAUAUUUUCAAAUUGUCGCAAGGGGAGUACAUCGUCCCGGAGAAGAUCGAAAAUAUUUACACACGCAGCCAGUAUGUUCAACAAGUAUUCGUCCAUGGAGAAUCAUUAAAAUCUUGUAUUAUAGCAAUAGUAGUACCAGACGUAGACGUAAUCAAGUGCUGGGCGGUAGAGAAUGGCAUACCCGGUACAUUAAGCGUUCUCUGCGCCAAUCCAGAAGUCAAAAAAUUAAUCUUGGACGAUAUGUUAGCGUGGGGAAAAGAAGCCGGUCUGAAAUCCUUUGAACAGGUGAAAGAUCUUUAUCUCCAUCCAGACCCGUUCUCCGUACAAAAUGGGCUUUUAACACCAACGCUAAAAUCGAAACGGCCUCAACUGAAAGCGUACUUCAAACCACAGAUAGAGGAUCUCUAUCAACAAUUGGACUGACCAGACUGAGCGAUCGUGCUACCGCUUGUCCGCACCAGCACUGAACGUAAAGGGAAACGUUCGAUGGUAGAGAUGGAAGCAAAGCGCCUUUCCUCGCCGCCGUUCUCACACCGAAGUCACUAUUGUCAUUGAAUAUCCGUUAAUCCUCGAUACUUUUAUUAUAUUAUCAUUUUCACAGGUACAUUAGAGAACGCGCAGACGGAAAAAAGCACCGUUUAGGCUAAUUAAGGUAAAUGAUAACAUAACAAGUAAUAAAAGGAGUUAUUAUUA